GGGCAAGGCGUCCGCUAACCCUCUUCCCUUCCCACUCUCGGCCGUUCUGUCUGUCUGUCACUGUGCGUGUGAGCUACGUCGCCGGUUUGAUUCGGCUGCCGCAAAUAUGCAGAAACUCUUAUUAUUGGUCUUGCUGGUUUUACCGGCCGUCCUCUUUACCGUAAAUGGAGGAAACAAAUUAGUGGCGUAUGCCCAGGAUGAUGAUGAAGAGCUUGUUGAUGUUGAGGAGGCUGAUACUGCCGUGAAGGAUGAGGGAGUUACUGAUGGAGAUGAUGAUACAGGACCAAAAGCCUCGCCAGAUGCUGAAACUACUAUUUUGUUUGUAAACCCUGUUACUGUGCCAGGCAGUUCUUUAGAUCUCCCUGCUGGAAGAAUUGCUGAGUUCCUUGUUGGUUUCUCCAACAAGGGCAAACAGGACAUGACUUUGGAGUUGAUUGACGCGUCUUUCAGAUACGCAAUGGACUACAAUUUCUACAUGCAGAACUUCUCUACCAUUGCUUACCAGCAGGUUGUCAAGCCUUCCCACGAGUCAACAAUCAUGUACUCCUUCAUUCCUGCUGACACUUUUGCCGGACGUCCUUUCGGAUUCACGGUCAACCUUCACUACAAAGACGCUGCUGGUGUUAUCUACCGUCAAGCUGUUUUCAACGAAACCGUCAACGUCAUUGAAAUUGAAGAGGGAUUGGAUGGUGAAACCUUCUUCCUGUACUUGUUCCUUGCUGCGUGCGUGGUUCUUCUUCUUGUUGCGGGUCAACAAUUCCUGUACUCUGUUGGCCGCGGCUCUCGUGGUGGCCGAUCUGGCGGUCGCAAAAACCCUGCUGUUGAGACUGGAACCAACAAUCCCAACGAUGUUGACUAUGACUGGCUCCCACGUGAGACCCUCAACAGCAUUAACAAAUCUCCCAAAGCACCUAAAAUGAGCCCAAGAUCACAGAAAACCAGCCCCAGGACAAGGAAGGCUAAGCGUGCUCAGGGAGACGAUUGAAAAAUUGUGAUAUCGACUUAGAUAAUUGGCUGCCACAGCUCCUGCAAUGCAUUACAAGACUUCUUGCCUGGCUGUGGGGUAAUUCAGAUAUCAUGGUCAAAGACCAACUAUUUAUGACAGACUGAAUGUACUUGACAGAACAGUUGAUAACUACACGAUUCCAAACUGUGCAUAUACUUUCUCUAAGCUCAUUAUCAAUGCACAAAUGUUAAAUAUUUUAAAAACAUCAGAUGUUGUGUCAUUUUUUGUAUUAACUUAUGUUAUAUUUUUUAUGUUGACUGAAAAUUACCUUUAAAGUGGAAAAAAAAAAGAGAAGAGUUAUGAAGCCCUGUCAAGGGUAAGGUUGUGCUGAAUUUUGUUUUGCAACUUAGUGCUGAUAGGUUUGACCAUGUGCUUAAUUUUAUGAUCUAUUUUAAGAGACUAUUUAGAACACUCAUUGAAAUGUUACUCAGUAUGUUGUGAUGACUUGUUAAUCCUCAAUUUGAGGGUCUUGUUAUCAUUUCAUUUGAACAACCUUCUGUCAAAUGCUUAGUCUAGAGUAUCUCAGUUGAUUUACGAUGCAGCUGUUUACUCUUCUCAUACUACUGAAUUGGUGUUCAUAUUCUUUUAUGCCUCUGACAUUUCUUUACCAGUGUUAAUGAGAUUAUGUUUUUUGAAAUGAGUAAUUUGUUCUGGUACCAUGUAUUUGUAUGUAAAUGAGCCUAGGUAGAUCUCAAUUGUUGGAGGCAGACCUCUUGCGAGAGCUAGCCUGUUAUCUUUUUUAUUUAGUGUUUCUGAUGUAAUAUAUUUAUAUUAUACAUGUGUGUGUCUUUGAGAUAAAUGAAGACGGUUUAGACUCGAAACCCUCUACCAGAAAAGACUUCUGACAAGUGAAUUUCUUGGUAGACUAAAUCUCUUCAUGUCGCACUGUAUUUCCUCUGUGAGGAACUGUGACUGAUUUCUGUUACAUAACAUGCUCGUUCACUUUGCAUGAACUGAACAAUGAAUGUAAUGUAGAGUCUCAACGAGUGUAAAUUUGUUUUGGAAUGGUCCCUAAACUUUUAGAAGGCACACAAUAACAUCAAAGCCUAAGUUGCAAAAUGAGAUUUUUGGGCUUGAACUAAAGGAUUGUGUAAACUGUUUGCUGAGGAGGAAGACAAAUAAAGUCUUAAAACUACAA